CGCAGGUAAAUCCGAUUGCUUUGAUCAAUUUAUCAGCGAGUUUUCACGCGACCGGUUGAACCGCAGAUGAAUGUUUAUAUUCCGGCGGUGCUGAUCGGCAUGCUGACAUACAUGUGUUGCAUGACGUACCAAAUAUUCAUCUUCUGUUGGCACGGUAAUGAAUUACAUCUACAUAGUAUGCGUUUAGUCACGGCCGCAUACUCGAACAAUUGGUUCUCCAACACCGAAAGAUUCAAACGCGGUCUACAAAUCAUGAUGAUAAGGGCUCAUCGUCCGCUCACCUUAAGUGCCGGUAGGGUCAUGUUAUUGUCUUUAGAUACUUUUAUGCAGAUAAUGCGGAUGUCCUAUUCGAUUUUUACGGUACUUCAAGGAUCGGCUGCUUAAAAACCGCGCUUCUACCAUCACAGCGAUACCUUGACCGCCGCCAAUACAAGCAGAACCGAUGCCGAAUUUUCCAGCCUUUCGCCUUCUG